ACAGGUGCAGAGGACAACCGCAGGCAGUGAGCUCUAGGGCAGUGAUUGUCACGAUUUUCAGGUAAAAAAUAAUGUCAAUAAUAUUUAGACUGCUGGCCAUGUUAUCCUGUCCUGUGUGAUUUUAAAAUUUCACAUAGUGGAGAUUCAGCACAACCUUUGUGCUACCUAAGCAGUUUAGCUUCCUCAUGUAAGCUAAGAUUUUCUAUUCUUGCUGCAUUAAGUGGAUAGCAAAAUACUGGUCUUAACAUUAUGACACCAAUGAUGGCACAAUCACAUAUGGUUAGUUAAAGCUGUGGUUACUUAAAGCUGUGUCUGUUGUAUUUGUUUUGUUGUUUUUGAACAUACUUUUUUUCUGUUUUCUCCCUUUUUUAAUAUUUAAUAUUUCAUCACGCUCUUCCAGACAUAAACUGAAAUGCCAUCGCUGAUGGAGGACAUAAGAGAAGCUGUGUUGGUGGUAUUACCCAGCCUACCAGAGGAUAAAGUCAAAUCGCUCCUGAACAAGUUGGCAAGCAUUGGUGUAGAGUCCAAACCCGACCUGCAAUUCUUCUCAGUGCCUGGCAAACACAAGGUAUGUGUUAGAUAAUGUUUCUAAAGCAAAUAUUGGUUUUGCAGUUUUGCAUCUUUGAAAAAAUGAUGAGCUUGUCUCCACAACUUGAUGGAUCCUACUGUCUCUUGUAAACAACGUAUUUCAUUAGGUGUCCCUUUUCUCUGAUUUUGUGACUUCAGAUGCUUCAUUGGGAUCAACCCAACCUCUGGCACCAAGACAAUCAAGUGGAUCUAUCCAAGAAGCAGGAAGCUAAAUGGGAAGAGGAACAAUGGGGUCAUCCCUCAUGUUUCUGCACUUCUCAAAAGAUUAAUGGACUUUGA